AUGGCGGACCCAAAGUUUUACUGCCCACCGCGCAGGCCGGACUCCUAUGGUAGAGAGCAUUUCCGCUCUCUCGCCGGACGGAUGUCGGAAGAAAAAGAAACAUAUUCGAGAGAUACAACAAGUCAGCAAACAUCAUUCACUGACACAGGCUGCCAGACACAAUCACCAAAGACCUGCUCAGUUGGGACACAGCUUGCCAUAAAGACUCUCCAAGCGCAUGUCAGAAGUCAAGACAUAUGUAAAGAACAUCUUCUCCCUGAGCAGCAAGAGUGGACCUCAAGGAUGGAGCAGGAUGAGCCACAGCCCCCCUAUUAUAUUAAAGAGGAAGAGCCCCUACAAAUAAAAGAGGAAGAGGAAGAGCCACAAUACCCCCACAUUAAAGGGGAAACAGAGUGGGUGCCACAUUUCUCUUACAUCAAGGAAGAGAAGCCACAGACCUCCCACAUUAAAGAGGACAAGGAGUCACAUCCCAUCUUCACAUUACAGAGGAAGAGGAGUCAUAGCACCGCUCACAUUAAAGAGGAAGAGGAGGUACACGGCAUCAGUCAGGAGGUAGACCAUCUUAAAGAACUGGAAGACGUUGAUGUCACAUUGACUGAUGUGAUUGUGAAGAGUGAAGAUGAUGAGGAAAGUGAGGACAAGAGAGAGGCGGAGUCUCCAAGCAGCAGCUCAACUCAACACAUGACAACAGAAGCUGAUGGAGACCACUGUGGAGGAUCACAAGCAGACAAGCUCUCAGCUCCACUAUCAGAAAGUGACGACACAACGUCACACUCUCCUGACACUGAUGACGAAGACUCUAAAGCUGAUAAGACAUGUCACACUGACAGCACACGCUUUACAUGUUCUCACUGUGACAAAACAUUUAAUCACCGGUGUAGUCUGAAAACCCACAUGAGAAUACACACUGGAGAAAAAACGUUCAUGUGUUCAUUUUGCAGUAAAAGCUUCAGCCAGAAGGUAAAUUGUUUAACACACACAAGAACACACACUGGAGAAAAACCCUUUAUUUGUUUAAUCUGCAGUAAAGAUUUUAGUCAAAGGCAACAUUUGAAGACUCACAUGAGAUUACACACUGGAGUAAAACCAUUUUCCUGUUCAAUCUGUGGUAAAGAUUUUACUCAAAAGCAACAUUUGGAAAUACACAUGAGAAUGCACAUUGGAGAGAAAUCUUUUACCUGUUCAAUAUGUGGUAAAGGUUUUGUACAAAUUCAAUAUUUGAAAAGACACAUGAGAAUACACACUGGGGAAAAACCUUAUAUAUGCUCAGAGUGUGGUAAAGGCUUUUCACAUAAAAAGAUUCUGAAAGGACACAUUAGAAUACACACUGGAGAAAAAUGGUUUUCCUGUUCAAUGUGCCCUAAAGAUUUUACCCAAAGGCAACAUUUGAAGAUACACAUGAGAACACACACUGGAGAAAGACCUUUUUCUUGUUCAAUCUGUGGUAAAGGUUUUACACAAUCUAACAAUUUGAAAAUACACAAGAGAAUGCACACUGGAGAAAAACCUUUUACCUGUUCAAUCUGUGGUAAAGGUUUUGUACAAAGACAAAAAUUUAAGGAACACAUGAGAACACACACUGGUGAGAAAGUGUUUAGUUGCAGUGUGUGUGAUGAAAGAUUCUCUUAUAAGUACCAGUGUAAGAAACACAAGUGUGCUGGUGAGAACAGCAGCAGCAAAUGAAGCUGCAGGAUUUAAAAUAAACUGUCAAGACUUUA